AAGUUCCAACAUUGCAGCAAGUGGAACCUGCACUAGUAUAAACCCCCCUCUACUCUUCUCUUUAUUAAAAUCUUUGCUCUUCAUUUGGUCUCUGCAUAUCACAAAGCAUCAGAUUUUCUCCACCAAAAUGGUGCUCUCUCUCAAAGUCAUCUCCUCCAUCUCCCUCAUCGUUAUCAUGAUCUCCUAUCUAAACAUUGCAACAAGUCAAAACAUUUGCUUGAUGACUGCUUGUAACCGCACCGAGCCAGUGAUUCGAUUCCCUUUUCGGAUUCAAAAUCGUCAAUUGAAGGCAUGUGGUUAUCCAGGUUUUGACAUAUCCUGUGGUGGCUCCAAUGAGACCAUGCUAGAGCUACACUCUUCAGGAAAAUUUGUUGUUCAAGCUAUAGACUAUGGCACACAAGAAAUAUGGAUUAAUGAUCAGGGAAACUGCCUUGCCGAUCGAAUCCUUUCUCUUGAUCUCUCUGGCUCUCCUUUUAUUGGCCUUUACUAUCAAUCUUUCACGUUCUUUAAUUGCUCAUCUUCUGAUUAUAGGAAAUACGGGCUAAAUCCAAUAGCUUGUCUUAGUGGCUCUACGUACACAGUUUUUGCUACAUCUUCUUCAACGGUUGUAAGCUCUCUACAGAAUGGGAAUUCAUCCUGUAAUUUAAUCAGGGUGGUUCCUGUUCCAGUUGACUGGUCAUUUAAUCAGCAAAUUUCGUCCUCGGACCUUAGCGAGGACCUGCAUCUCACUUGGGAAGAACCUGACUGCGGAAAGUGCGAGUCGAGGGGGGGACGGUGUGCCGUCAAGACCAAUUCUAGUAAAGUUGUUUGCUCAAAUCUUCCUCAUCAUGAAUUUCCAAGUUCAGCUCUCUAUGCCAUCACCACAGCAGCUGGGAUACCAGGGGCAUUAAUCAUAGUAGGUCUCCUAUGUUUCAUCUGUGGCAGGGUCAAAUACUGUGAUAGAAGCAGCAGCGAAUCAGGCGGUCUGCCGGAAGUUGAUUCCACGGUUGAUACAGAAUCUGUAGUUAUUAUUGCUGGGUUGGAUGGACCAACAAUAGAGUCCUAUCCCAAGAUAGUCCUUGGCGAGAGCAGAAGGUUGCCUAAGCCUGAUGACAACACUUGCUCAAUAUGCUUGUGUGAGUACAAGCCUAAGGAGACGCUCAAGACAAUUCCUGAAUGCAAGCAUUGCUUCCAUUCUGAUUGCAUUGAUGAAUGGCUUCGGUUGAAUGCUUCUUGUCCCAUCUGCAGAAAUUCUCCUGAAAGAUUGCCACCAGCUGAAUCUUGAUCAAAGCUAUUGUAUCGGGUCACACUCCUUGCUUGCUUGUGUUAGAAACUUAGAAUAUUAAUAUUGCUUGUAAAGAUCUAUUGUCCAUCUUCUUUUGAAACAGCUGAAUGUUGAGAAAGAGGAGUCGGGUUCUAUCAUAACAUGGAUGAUGAUGCCUAGGUUAUAUUUGUAACAUUUCCACUAGUUAUUAGUCUUUAAGAGAUCAUUUUGAAGUUUGAA